AUGGAUCCGGAACAAUUCAAAAUGUUCAUGGACCACCAAACGAGGCUUUUCAGCCAGCUUCUGAAAGGAAUUAACCAACCGACAGGUAGAGUACCUGGAGCUCAGCCGUUGGGAGCCAAUGUCUCAGUGCCUCAACCGUCGCCACUCGCCCUGGACGGCGACAUGGAACAGAACUUUGAGUUCUUUGAGAAUAGUUGGAUAGCCUAUUCCAAAGCCAUUGGAAUGGAUCAUUGGCCGGAAGAGAACAACUCUCAGAAGGUUAGUUUUCUGUUAUCGGUUAUCGGUGAACCGGCCAGGAAGAAAUACUUUAACUUCGAGUUAACUGUAGCGGAACAAGCUAGUCCGCAAGCAGCAUUAGCGGCUAUCAAGGGGAAAGUAUUAGCCAAACGAAACAUCAUUAUUGAUCGUUUAGACUUUUUCUCCGCAUCGCAAAUGCCGGGUGAGUCGAUCGACGAUUUUACAACCCGUCUGAAGUGGCUUGGCAAAAUCGCAAAGUUAGGCGUGCUGGAAGCAGAGCUUAUAGCUUUUAAAGUUGUUACUGCUAAUAAAUGGCCGGAGUUGCGCACCAAAAUGUUGACUGUCCAGGAUAUAACCUUAACUAAAGCAGUUGACAUGUGUCGCGCAGAGGAAAUUACUAAAACACGGUCUCAUGAGUUAGGUUUAUCUCCAAAUCCUGAAGUAAACAAAAUCGUCAAGCAUAAGUCGAGAACGCUGCGCUGCAAAUUUUGCGGCGACCGACAUGAAUUCUCAAAAGGAUUAUGCCCGGCUUUAGGGAAACGUUGUCACCGGUGCAAAGGCAAAAACCAUUUUGAGAAAGUGUGUAAAGCAAACCGUAAGCCAAUGAUGAAGACAAAGAAGAGAGUGAAGGAAAUCAGUGGUGAAACAAGUGAAUCUGAAGAAGAGUCGUCACAUAAUGAUGCGUCAUCAGAAGAGAGCGAAGAAAUCGAAAUCGGAAAAAUCAUGGACGGUUCAGAAAAAGGUGGAUGUGUCCUAGCAGAGCUGGAUUUAAAACUAGGAAGUGUAUGGAAAUCCGUGAAAUGUGAGUUGGACACAGGUGCAAACGCUAGUCUGAUUGGUCGUGAAUGUCUAACUAAGCUUCGCGGGGAAGCAGAACCGCAAAUACUUCCGACUAAACUCCGUCUUCAAAGUUUCGGAGGUAAUAGCAUCAAAGUCCUCGGGCAGGUGAAGAUUCCGUGUCGUCGCAAGGGUAAAAAAUAUUCGUUGGUCCUACAGGUGGUAGAGGGUGAUCAUCGCCCUUUAUUGUCGGCUAAGGCAUCUCGAGUCUUUGGUUUUGUGAAGUUCUGUAAAACAGUAUCUUUUACCGAAAGGAAAAUUUCUGAAACAAAUCUUCUAAACGUGUAUCGUAUUCAAGCGCAGAAAAUAGUAGAAGCUCAUUCAGAUAUCUUCGUUGGAUAUGGAAAGUUUUCUGGGCCAGUCUCACUUGAGGUUGAUAGCAACGUGCAGCCAUCAAUUCAACCUCCACGCCGAGUUCCAAUUGCGUUGAGAGACAAUUUAAGAAAGGAACUUGCCAAGUUAGAGAAAGAUGGCGUUAUCGUGAAGGAAACCGCUCAUACAGAUUGGGUGAGUAAUAUAGUACUAGUACAGCGUGGCUCAGAAUCAUCCGGUACUAGAAUUUGUUUGGAUCCGGUUCCUCUCAAUAAGGCACUCAAGAGACCAAACUUGCAAUUCGUCACUUUAGAUGAAAUAUUACCAGAACUAGGCAAGGCCAAAAUCUUCUCAACAGUCGACGCUAAAAAGGGUUUUUGGCACGUAGAACUUGACGAGUCUAGCAGUAAACUUACAACUUUCUGGACGCCGUUUGGUCGCUACCGAUGGAUUCGACUACCUUUCGGUAUUGCCCCGGCUCCAGAGAUAUUCCAAAUGAAAUUGCAAGAGAUAAUUCAAGGUCUUCAAGGAGUAGAAUGCAUAGCAGACGAUCUUUUAGUAUAUGGGACUGGCGAUACCUUGGAAAAAGCCUUAGCUGAACAUAAUCGUUGUUUGGAGAAUCUCCUAAUACGCUUGGAAAAACAUAACGUCAAAUUGAAUCGCUCCAAGCUACGACUGUGCCAGACGUCUGUAAAAUUCUAUGGACAUAUGCUGACUGAUACAGGUUUACAGGCUGAUGAAAGUAAAAUUGCAACAAUACGAGAAUACCCGACUCCGACUAACCGCAAGGAAGUGCAUCGUUUCGUUGGCAUGGUAAAUUAUCUAAGCCGUUUCAUUCAAAACCUAAGUGCCAACCUUACUAAUCUUCGCAAAUUAAUCUCCGAAUCGGUACCAUGGCAGUGGUCCUCUAUAGAAGAAGAGGAGUUCAACCGAGUAAAGUCGUUAGUGGCCGAUAUACGUUCUUUACGGUACUAUAACGUACAUGAACCGUUGACCAUCGAAUGCGAUGCUAGUUGCUUUGGCCUGGGCGUCGCAGUGUAUCAGUCAGAUGGUGUCAUUGGCUACGCCUCUCGUACGCUAACACCAACUGAGCGUAAUUAUGCUCAAAUUGAGAAAGAGCUUCUAGCGAUUCUUUUCGCAUGCGUACGCUUUGAUCAACUUAUCGUCGGAAACCCUAAAACGAUUAUCAAAACUGAUCAUAAGCCACUCGUAAAUUUGUUUCAAAAGCCUCUUCUGUCAGCACCGCGCCGUUUACAACAUAUGCUGUUAAACUUGCAACGGUAUCGACUGACUAUUGAAUUUGUUACUGGAAAGGAAAACGUUGUUGCAGACGCUUUGUCCCGAGCUCCUAUCAACGCGAAAGAAAAGGAUCAAUUCAACAAGCUAAAUAUUUGCAAAGUAAUGAUGGAAGUGGAAAAGCUAAAAGUAGGACGUUUUUUGGCCGUCUCGGAUAGUCGCUUGAAGGAGAUAAUAGUUGAAACUGAAAAAGAUCAAUCCAUGCAGCUGCUAAUUAACUUUAUACAACAAGGCUGGCCUGCUUCGGCUGACCGUGUUCCCGAUAGUGUCAAGGUUUACUACAACUAUCACAACGAAUUGUCCACACAAGACGGAAUCAUUUUUCGAAAUGAUAGAAUUCUGAUUCCACUCGUACUUCGCCGAAAGCUGAUAGACAGUUGCCAUGUCAGCCAUAACGGGAUGGAAAGUACUUUAAAACUUGCUAGAGCCAAUUUAUUUUGGCCAGGAAUGUCGUCGCAUAUCAAAGACGUCGUCAAACAAUGUACCAUUUGCGCCAAAUAUGCUCCAUCGCAAUCCAAUCCUCCGCUCGUGAGUCACACUAUUCCACUUUAUCCGUUCCAAUUAAUUUCUAUGGAUGUAUUUUUUUCCGAAUAUCACGGUGUUAAACAAAAGUUUUUGGUUACCGUUGAUCACUACUCCGACUUUUUUGAGGUGGAUGUGUUAAAGGAUCUUACUCCCGAGUCCGUUAUCAAAGUGUGCAAAAUCAACUUUGCCCGACAUGGGGUUCCUCAGCGGGUCAUUUGUGACAAUGGAACAAACUUCGUGAACCAAAAAAUGUCCACUUUCGCUCGGGAAUGGGAUUUCGAGCUUGUUACUUCAGCACCUCACCAUCAGCAGGCAAACGGGAAAUCGGAGGCAGCCGUUAAAAUUGCUAAGCGAUUGCUUAAAAAAGCUAAUGAUUCAGGAACAGAUUUUUGGUACACUCUUCUACACUGGAGGAAUAUUCCUAAUAAAAUUGGAUCCAGUCCCGCCGCACGUUUUUUAUCACGCUCUACUCGUUGUGGUGUGCCAACACCAGCUGUAAAACUUCUUCCUCGUGUGGUCAAAGAUGUUCCUGCGGCUAUAGAAAAGAAUCGCAAGUUAUUCAAGUACCAUUAUGACAAAACUGCGCGUGUAUUACCUGAAUUACAAACUGGGUCGCCUGUGUUCGUUCAGCUGCAUCCAGAAACAAAUAAAAUAUGGACUCCCGGAAUCAUCUCAAAUCGUCUCAACGAUCGGUCGUAUCAAGUAAACGUGGAAGGUGUUAACUAUAGACGAAGCCUGGUGCACUUAAAACCGCGUAAAGAUCCCAUCGUUAUCCCUGACAAACAACCGCAGCCAAUAAAUCCUGAGUUGAAGAAAACUAUGCAGACACUUGAUCUCAAUCGUAAACAACAUACCUUCGACAGUGAAAAUUUUGUGGUACCUCAACGGGAGACUACUUCGCCACAGCCUGCUGUGAUUGUACCACCGUCGCUACCGUCGCAACCGUCAAUGUCAUCAUACGUAACAACAUCAUCGCCUACCGUCAAAUCACGUGAACGUGCUCCACCACAGACAAAUGAGAUUUCUAACAGUAGACCCAAAAGAGAAAUUCGAAUUCCGGCUAGGUUCAAUGAUUAUAGUUUGAAGUAG